AACAUUUGACUUACGAAGAAUAAUUCAGUCGUCACACUUGUAGAUAAAGAUAAACUUUUCAGUGGUGUCCAGUGCAAUAAGAAAUUCGUGAUUUUUUAUUACUUCGUCAUUAUGCUAACUUGGUGUAGAGUGUACCUUCUGUUGUAUUUAUUUUUUUUAAAUUGUGGAUUUAAGAGCUGUUUGCCAAAUAUUAAUACAAAUUUAAAAUUGUCAAAUGUUCCAAUUAGGUCAGAUUUGGAUACAUUAUUGAAUGUACUUACAAAAGUGAGCAAAUAUUACCGUAAGAAUAUAAAUGUAAUUGAUUUAAGCGCAUAUUUCGGAAUUUUCUUGGCAAAUGUAAAUUUAAAACAUGCGUUAGACAAUAGGCGGCGCCGAUUAAAAGGUGAAUCGCAAUUACACGAAAUAAUUGAUUUGAACGCUGAUAUAAUAAGACAUUUUCAAGUUAAAGAUAGAGAAAAUAAUAAAUUAAACAAUGAGGAGAAAAUGAUAUUAAAACUCUUUUCCAACGAGUCGGAAUGGAUUAAAAAUAUUGACAACUUUACCUCGCCUAAAAUACAAGACCGCACUACUGAGGCAACUCGAUAUAUUUUGAGCGAUUUGAAGAGCUACUCAGAUAAAAUACAAGCGGUUGACGAUGGAGUUCCGAACCCUAAAAAAUCUGAUAAAUGCCUAGCAUCGCUUGCUAUUGGGCAACUAAAUUCACAUGAUAUUUGUACGAUCGACAAAUCUUGUUACGGGAUAUUAAAAAAUGGUACGAACUAUGGUUACGCUUUGACACAUAGACUGCUUCUCCUUCAAAUGGCCCACUACAGCCUUCAUUGUAGCAUUUUCUCAAAAUCAGAAGAUCGCUACUUUUCUAACAGGUUCUGUUCAAUGUUGUACGUAGAGGCUGAGUUUAUUGCAAUUCAGGAUUUUGAAGCUGGCCUUGUUGAUUUAAUGUUGGAGAUACUGUGUCUAUGCGGUCUUCACGGCCACGCGCAAUUCCUAAACAGAACUUGGCUUGAGCGGAUCAAACGGUUUCAAACGCCAUACGGUUGCUUUGGUUUGGAUGUGAAAAAGAUGGAAUAUACUAUCAGACAAGAGGCUCUCAGGUGGAAACUAUACCGAACUAGGGAUUAUCGUACUCUAGAGGGUCUUUGUAAUGAACAUGUAACGUCUCUUGCUAUGGCUAGUUAUGCUGAGGCAGUAAGGUUUAUUCUAGAGAUCUACUAUUAGACAUAUUUGACAAUUGAUCGAAAUAUGCCGUCGUUGUUACAAAUACCGAUAAUGUGGUGUAGGUAAGUUAUUUUGACAUAAAGACAAUAUCUUAAAAACAUAAUCUGUCCCACAGGUUAUAAUGAAAGCACGCCACGAUAUAUUUAUUUCGUAAUCUUACUUAUUAUAGAUGUUAGAUAUGUCCACCUUACCAAAGAGGGUGUCAAGAAAAUAUUUUAGGAAGCGGGAAGACUUUAUUUAGCUAUAGUAAAAAAUUAUUUAUUAAAAUAUUAAGUUGUAGUUUGUUGAAUGUUUAAUUUUGGUUUUCUUUUUUUUUAACUAUUAAUGUACUUAUGUUUUCCGUUUCAUAUAU